AUGAUGGCCGCUGUACCACCUCGUUUCAAGUUCGUGGCGAUCGGCCUCCUCUUCACUGUCAUUUUCUUCUGCAUAUGGCUUCGGCCACCAUCUAUGGGCGUUCCGUACGUCUCGGAUCUGGCCGAUCCCUCUUCUGUACAAGUCGAUGCGCACGAGUUCAGCGUCUCAGCAAACCCUUACGCCAAAGACCGAUCCAUAUACCGAGUGCCAAAUGAGACGUUGGGCUUUCAAGAAGUCUAUAUGAUUUCGUUACCGUCGCGUACGGACAAAAGAGAUGCUUUCGCCAUGCAGGCUGCACUAUCAGGAAUCACAUAUACACAAAUGGACGGGGUAGAUGGACAUGAUGUGCCGGAGAAGGCCCUGCCUUUCACAAUGGAGCAGAGUGUCAAUGCCAUCGGUUGCUGGCGGGCCCAUCUCAAUGCCCUUCAGAAAAUUGUGCGUGAAAAAGUGGCGACGGCAUUGAUCUUCGAAGAUGAUGCGGAUUGGGACGUCGCUUUCAAACAACAGUUGGUUCAAUUCGCACGAGGGUCUAGGUACAUAGUGAAGACCCCCGAGCACGAGGUUCCUUUUUCUCCUUAUGGCGACAACUGGGACCUUUUGUGGAUAGGUCACUGUGGAAGCUGGGUCUAUCCCGAAGAACGUCGACGAUUCUUCGUGAUCCCCAACGAUCCUACGGUUGAGCCACCUCAAUAUCGUCAAAAUGUGGAUGCUCCAAACAUGUCACAUUGGGAGGGACCCAACGGGGACAACAAGACCAGGAUAGUAUUCAGGUCGGAAGGCGCAGUCUGUACAGCUGGAUAUGCAGUCUCACAGCAAGGAGCCAGAAAAAUACUCUAUCAUAUGAGCAUGAUGCCAUAUAACAGUCCCGUCGACUGGGGAUUUGCCGACCUCUGCAAGGACAUGCGAUACAACUUCACUUGUGUCUCGGUGUUUCCACAACUUAUUGGUGUCUCUCGACCAACGGCGAACACCAGCAAAUGGAGUGAUAUUGGUUAUGGCGACGACUCCCAACGGACGGUUGAAGCUGCGAACUCGCCACACUUGGUCUUCUCAACUCGGCUGAACAUGGCAAACCUCCUAGCCGGGAGGACAGUCUUUGACAGCCAGUACCCUGAUUCGACUCCGCCGCAAAUGAAUAUCGAAGACAUUGGGUCGGCUGUUGGUCACGUCGAAGAGCUCAACGAUGCAGUCUGA